GCAGAGGCUCCUAGGCGGCAGCGGCGGCGGCUACUCCCUCUUUCCCUCCCUCCCUCUCUGUCCGUCCAUCCGUCCGUGCGUCUGUCCGUUCGGCCUAGGUCCGGCCCGCAGCAUGGCCGGCGUCAGCUUCAGCGGCCACCGCCUAGAGCUGCUGGCCGCGUACGAGGAGGUGAUUCGGGAGGAAAGCGCGGCCGACUGGGCUCUGUACACAUAUGAGGAUGGCUCCGAUGACCUCAAGCUUGCAGCGUCAGGAGAAGGGGGCUUGCAGGAGCUCUCGGGGCACUUCGAGAACCAGAAGGUGAUGUAUGGCUUCUGCAGCGUCAAGGACUCCCAGGCUGCUCUGCCAAAAUACGUGCUCAUCAACUGGGUCGGCGAAGAUGUGCCUGAUGCCCGAAAGUGCGCUUGUGCCAGCCAUGUGGCUAAAGUGGCUGAGUUCUUCCAGGGCGUCGACGUAAUCGUGAAUGCCAGCAGUGUGGAAGACAUAGAUGCAGGCGCCAUCGGGCAGCGGCUCUCCAACGGUCUGGCGCGGCUCUCCAGCCCAGUGCUACACCGUCUGCGGCUGCGGGAAGAUGAGAACACUGAGCCUGUGGGCACCACCUAUCAGAAGACAGACGCAGCUGUGGAAAUGAAGCGAAUUAACCGUGAGCAGUUCUGGGAGCAGGCCAAGAAGGAGGAGGAGCUGAGGAAGGAGGAGGAGAGGAAGAAGGCCCUGGAUGAGAGGCUCAGGUUUGAGCAGGAGCGGAUGGAGCAGGAACGGCAGGAGCAGGAGGAGCGGGAGCGACGCUACCGGGAGCGGGAGCAGCAGAUUGAAGAACACAGGAGGAAACAGCAGACUCUAGAAGCAGAAGAGGCCAAGAGGCGGUUGAAGGAGCAGUCGAUCUUUGGUGAUCAGCAGGAUGAGGAGGAAGAGACCCAGAUGAAGAAGUCAGAAUCUGAAGUGGAGGAGGCAGCGGCCAUCAUUGCCCAGCGGCCCGACAACCCUCGCGAGUUCUUCAAGCAGCAGGAACGAGUCGCAUCAGCCUCCACAGGCAGCUGUGAUGUGCCCUCGCCCUUUAACCACCGGACAGGUCGUCCGUACUGCCCUUUCAUAAAGGCAUCGGACAGUGGGCCUUCCUCCUCCUCCUCUUCCUCCUCCUCCCCUCCACGGACUCCCUUUCCCUAUAUCACCUGUCACCGCACCCCAAACCUCUCUUCCUCCCUCCCAUGCAGCCACUUGGAUAGCCACCGGAGGAUGGCUCCCACCCCCAUACCUGCCCGGAGCCCAUCCGACUCCAGCACGGCCUCCACCCCUAUUGCUGAGCAGAUCGAGCGGGCCCUGGAUGAGGUCACAUCCUUGCAGCCUCCACCACUGCCACCACCGCUACCACCAGCCCAAGAGACCCAGGAGCCCAGCCCCUGCCUGGAGAGUGAAGAGACCAGCAAGGAGGCCCAAGCAGCAGCCCCUCAGGCCUGGGCCAGCCUGGUGGAGGAGUCUCUUCUGUCAAGGGAGACUCCCCGGGGGCAGGGCAGCCCCACGGAGGACUUGAUGUUCAUAGAGUCUCCAGAUGAGGCUGCCCUGGCCACCCCUUUGGAGCCUCCUCCAGCCGGCACCACUGCAGCCGGCACCUCUGUAGCUGACGCAGCUGACACCAUCGAAACCGACACUGCCGAGGCUGACGCCACUGUUGCCAACACAGCCGCCCCUGCCGCUGCCAGCCUCAUUGACCUAUGGCCUGGCAACGGGGAAGAGGCCUCUGCACCCCAGGCCUGGGAGCCACAGGCCGAGCCCAGGGCCCCCACGCCACCCUCCAGUGCCAAGGUCCCUCUGGCAGAGGUGCCCCUGCUGGACCAGGUGGAUCAGGAGCCCCUGCCACCAGUGAGCAAAAGCUGUGCCAACCUUCUCAAUUUUGAUGAGCUUCCUGAGCCGCCAGCCACCUUCUGUGACCCAGAGGAAGUAGAAGGGGAGCUCCUGGCUGCCCCCCAGGCCCCAGCUCUGCCUUCUGCUCUAGAGGAGCUAGAUCAAGAGCCGGAGCCAGAGCCCCACAUGCUGACCAAUGGCGAGACCACCCAGAAGGAAGGGACCCAGGCCAGUGAGGGGUACUUCAGCCAAUCACAGGAGGAGGAGUUUGCCCAAUCAGAAGAGCUGUGUGCGAAGGCUCCGCCUCCUGUGUUCUACAGCAAGCCUCCAGAAAUCGACAUCACCUGCUGGGAUGCAGACCCUGUACCAGAAGAGGAGGAGGGCUUCGAGGGUGGAGACUAGUGGUGCACCCGCCCUAAGGCUGCCCUCGCCAAGGCCGCCCACUUCCAGGCCUCUGGCCAGACGGCCUGUCGUGCCUGCACUCGCAGCAGCUCCGCCUGGCACCCACUCCGGAUUCCGGCCCUGGCUCAGACUCGGCCGCUUCCCCACCCACAGGGCCUUUGACAGCUUUUCUCUUUUUUUUUUUAAAGUGGAUAGGAGACUUGUACAGUUGACUGGUUUUCCUCCCGUUGGUAGUUGAGACGCUGUUGCAGAUUCCACCCUCUCCCCACCCGGUCCAGAUUGUAGCUCUUAGAACUCCCUGCUCAGCUGGCCGGGGUGGGCCUCCCCCUGCUUGGGGCCUGGUGCGGGGGAGCUCUGGUGGGAAGAUGUGCCCCCACCUCUUUUCCUAGUUUUAUGUUUCUUGGAAAAAUAUCACUUUGUAUUCUCUGUCCAGGGCUUCAGAUAUUUUGCACGAAUUUUAAAACAUGGCAAUAAAUGGCUCGUGGGCUCUGGCUCCCUGGGACCCCCUCCCUGCCCUUCUCUUGACCCCUCCCUGCCUGGCCCAAAGGAAGUAGCAGGCCCAGCUGGGGCCCCUCGGCUUCCCUGCCCUCUCCUGCCCCUCCUGCUGGGCAGGUCCCAGGCUGGAGGCCCUCAGAUACAUUCAGGUCAGGGCUUUGGGGGGGCGGGGGCUUGGGAGGCCCCUCCCUGACUCCUCCCUCUUUGCUUGGGUUCUUUUUCACGUUCAGUAACUGUUUUUUGGAAAGCACAAACUUCUGUAACGGGUCGUGCUCAUGUCUGUUAAUAAAGAAAUCCAGAUCCCUUCA